AUGGCGUACAAUCCAGGACCCUACCAGUCACAGCAGUAUGGACACGAUGGGAAAUCAAUUCCCUCAGCAUGGAGGCGAAUUUCCUCCGCAACAAUAUCAGAGCGCCCCAACAUUGCAGUCCGGCGAUUGGAUAAUCAGCGACGACGGUAUUCAAUACUGCUUUGCGCACAGAGAUGCAAAUACAGUGCUCAACGUCCGCCUUCCGCCCGGCGCCAUGAUUCCGAUGUCGCCCACAGUUACACUCAAGGAAAAGUCAAGUUGAGUUUCACCAAGAUGCUCGCUGGCGGACACAUGGCAGAGUCGACCUACAGUGGUCCCGGCGAGGUGUCGCUCGCACCAAGAUUGCUCGGAGAUGUGGUUUCCAUAACUAUAAACGGCGAAGGGUGGAUGUUGGGAAAGGAUGCGUUUCUCGCGUGUACUGGCGGUGUGAGCAAGCAACACCAGACCCAGGGACUGGGAAAUACCUUCUUCAGUGGAGAGAGACUGUUCGUGUAUCAUGUCGGUGGGCGUGGGACGGUAUGGGCGACGUCUUACGGCGGGAUCAUGACAAAGGAGCUUCAACCCAAUGAACAGCAUAUUGUCGACAACGGCCAUCUCGUGGCAUGGAACUGCAAGUAUAGCGUUGAAAGGGCCGGCAAAGGCGCUCUCUCAAGCAUGACCACGGGUGAACUCGUCGGUUGUCGAUUCACUAGUCCAGGGAGAAUCCAUAUCCAGACCAGGAAUCUGGACGAAUUGGCCGACUGGGUGAGAGCCAUCACGAUCCACGAGCAGUCCUUCAUGCAACAGUGGUACACGGGACAAAUUCCUUGUGGCAGGGACUCGCACGCACGACUCAUGGCCAUGUGUGCAUUGAGCGCUUAUCGCAUUACUAGUGGCGCAGUCUUCUCUCCAUCAAACGUUUCUACGGAUCUCAACCCUAAUGUAUACCUUGACGAAGCGAUUGCGACAAUCCCAAAAGAUUUUGGCGAGUCUCUUGAUCUCGAAUACCUCCAGGCCAUCAGCAUCGUAUGUCUCACCGCUCGAGAGUAUGGAAAUGCGUCCUUGCUCCAACAAUUCCUUGGCUUAUAUCAUGGAGCACUGGCAGAGCAGGGAUUCUACGACGAACGACGCUGGCCUAGCGAUAUUACUAUCAUCGAGAGGGAAGAACGAAGGAGACUCUACUGGCACAUGUAUCGUCUCGAGAUCCACACCUCUCUUGUCCUGGGACAUGCCGUACGAUGCCCUGAGCUACAAUCUGCGGUCGCUUAUCCGGUGUUGCCAGACCGAGAUCUCACCGAGUCGCUGGAGGACCUAGAGUGGUUGAGUGGGUGGAACUUCAUUACCGACAUCUAUCGUGGUAUUGAGCACCUUAUCGCCUACUUCAAGAACCGGCGGAUGACGAUAAACCAAGAGAAUCGCUGCCUGUCUACCGCCUUUCUCAUCGACUAUGAUCCCCAGGAAAAGAUCUUAGGGCCGUUGGACUUGGCAUAUUCCAAUCUGCCUUUGCGAUUCAAGAAAGCACAAAGAAUGUCGCGAGAUGUCCGGCUGAAUCGGUGUGGCUUCCAGACUGCGAACAUCAUAGCCACCUACCAGCUUUUACGAAUGCUGUCUUUCACUGCCAAUGAUACUACGUUUGACGAGGCGUGCCGAACAGCCCUCGAACUGAUCGAGGAGAUAUCUGCUAUUCCUCUUGAGUACAUGCGAGCCAUGGGCUUGGCAAUGUUGCAAGAAUUGUCCGGGCUGGGUCAUAUCCUUAGCAGCUUCAUCAAGAAAGAACUUGCAAAGUCUGACUAUCAGCACCUGAGAACGGUGAUGGUGUGCAUGUCCGAGCUAUUGGAGAACCUCGCAACCUGUCUGCCUGCUGCAGCUGAAGCGGGCAAACGACUCCGUGCAUACGUCGAGGAGAUUGAUUGCUAUCUCGACCCUGCGCAGCAACCAGAGUUUCCGGCACACGAUACACUCAGCUACGACGGGGAGAUCCCUGACGAUCAAGCUUUCGAUCCAGAGAUAUUUAUCCCGCUUGAAUUACUGCAACGUAUUCCCUGGGACUGGGCAGAGCAACUACAGAUCAUCUGA